GUAUUAACAGUCUCAAACUAGGGUAAACCGCUGUGUCUUAACAAUUUAUCUGGGGCCGUAUUUACUUAGUAAAAGCUUAUUUCCGUCGUGUUGGUUUACUGUUCCUUUCUUUCUUUCUGUCUUUUUUUAACAUGUGAGUUUAGCCGUUUAAUUUGGGACAAAGGUGACCUAUCGAGCUAGAAGAAGAGCUUAAAACUGCGAAAUUAAAGAAUGCAAAUAGGCAGUGGGGAAAUUACGAGCGGCACUCCGACCUAGCAGCAGCGCUUUUUAAUUUUUUAUUGUAUUUAUUCAGCUCCCAAAAUCUGAGAGGGAACAUUUUGUUCUCGCCGGCGAGCCCGGCCGACGACCUUUGACACGCCUGUCAACCCACGAUAUGUUCCCUUUAGACUCGUCAUGGAACAUCUCGUUCGCAGGCUGCGGCUUCUUGGGCAUCUACCAUGUCGGCGUCGCCAGCUGCCUGUUGGAGCAGGCUCCGUUCCUGGUGCACAACGCCAAACACAUUUAUGGAGCGUCGGCCGGAGCGCUGACCGCCACUGCCUUGGUCACCGGCGUGUGUCUUGGAGAGGCUGGUGCCAGUAUCAUUGAGGUCGCCAAGGAAGCCAGAAAACGCUUCCUCGGUCCCAUGCAUCCGUCCUUCAACUUGGUGAAGAUUGUGCGCUUCAUGUUACAGCGUACUCUGCCCGCUGACUCACACCAAAUUGCCAACGGGAGGCUGGGAAUAUCUCUGACCAGAGUAACAGAUGGAGAAAAUGUGCUUGUAUCACACUUCAACAACAAAGAAGAAAUUGUGCAGGCAUGUGUUUGCAGUGCCUACAUCCCAGUGUAUUGUGGCAUUAUUCCUCCCACACUGCAAGGAGUGCGAUACGUCGACGGGGGAAUCUCUGACAACUUGCCUCAGUACGAGCUGAAAAACACUAUUACCGUGUCCCCGUUCUCCGGUGAGAGUGACAUCUGUCCGCGAGACACCUCUACCAACAUACAUGAGCUCCGCUUUACCAACACCAGCAUACAGUUCACGCUCACCAACCUUUACAGAAUUUCAAGGGCACUUUUCCCACCAGAUCCAAUGGUUAUGAAAGCCAUGUGUAAACAGGGAUAUAAUGAUGCACUGCACUUCCUGAAGAAGAACGGAUUGCUCAAUUUCAGUGACCCUCACAUAGACAGAGUCCUGCUGCCCAACAUAGAACAGCAUGACAAUCAAGUUGACCAUGUUCGUACCGAUGCCAAAGGUGUUAGAGAGGAGGAGAAGAUGUGCAUUAUCGAUGAAGCAUUGACUGUUCAUCCUUCAAUAGAGGAGCACAUCAUUGUACGACUUCCCCCUACUUUACACAAAGCCUUAAUUGAGGCGUGCACCGAGAGAAGGAGCCUUGUGCAGUCGCUUAGCAACCUGCUUCCUUUCAGGAUGGCAUCUGCCAUGAUGCUUCCAUACACUCUCCCUCUGGAGUCCGCUUUGUCUUUGAGUCUCAGACUUUUAGAAUGGUUGCCAGACGUGCAGGAAGAUGUUGGGUGGAUUCAUGAGCAGUUGGUGAAAGUUGUUCAGCAUGUUCUGCGCCAGGCCUCGAAAAGUAUCACGCAACAUGUUUCUGCCCGAUUCUCCUGUCAACUGGAGCUUCACCACUACCAGUCUCUCCCAUCGCAGAUCCGCUCCACCAGUCUGUAUGCCACCUGGGUAGGUAGCAGCACUCUUUCGGUCCAGGACAUCUUCACACGUCUUGACCAGUACAAGAGGCAGCUUCUAUCUGGAUCAUUUAGCGUCAACAUGAAUCUCAAAGGAUCCUUCAAAACAGAGCAGGUGUCAGUGGACAAAAAUGCUGCUUCGUUCCAUACGGUAGAAGGUUUCCCAACAGACACAGCAGGUGUUAAUGACUCCAAAGGUGGCAUGCAGCACUUUGAUACAGAAUCAUCACUUUUAAAUACAGGUGCUCAUCAGACCAAUUAUUAUCAGAUUUAAAUAUCUGUUUGAAAAGCAGAUAGUGAUUUUCCCCACAGGACCUUUUAAUAAGUUGAUUGCAAAUGGUAACAAUUUACCAUGAAUACGUUUUUGUUGUCUACAUUUCAUGUAAGCCCAUUGGCUACAUGAAGGCCCAAGGUUGUUUGUACAGUCAUGUGAAAACUUGAAUUGUAAGAUUGUGUAAACAUAAACACUUUUGAAGUGCUGUGGUUGAAGACGGUAAGUGUUUCUGUUUUCUUGGAAUGUGGUUUGACCUGUACUUAAGCAUAUGUUAGGGUUGGCGUUUGUCCCUUUGGAUGAAAUGUAUAGUAAUGGGCCCUUGCUAUACGGUAUUAUUUGCAUUUUGAGAUCGUAGGAAGAAAAUGGUGAAGCUACCACUUAGCCUAUUACUGGAAGUUACUCCAUACAUUGCACAUACAGUAACUGUCAAUGCAGCAAUAUCAGUUCUAUAAACAGUGAUUUAUACUUUGUAUACCAGUUAUGUUCAUCUCCAUAAUCCUGAUCUACUUUUAAUACAUCCAUGUACAGCUUUUAGGAACAUGCUGUGCUUUUAAUUGUUUUCUAACAAUCUGUUCCAUUUCAGUUUAUGCUGUAUUGACUGGGUUUUGUUUGCUUUUUAACUGUUUUACCAAAGAAUCAUAUGGGAAUUUAUCUCAGAAACCUUUGUGAUAGUUAAGCUACCUAUAUUGUCUUCGACCUAUACGUUGUAACAUGAGAAACUGCAUUCCAUUAUGACUGAACCUCUAAUGCCUUAAACUUGUGUUGUAUUACCUACAAGUGCAUUAAUAUGUAAUUAAACGGACACGGGGAUAUUUUGUGACCUACAAAUAAAAUGUUUACCAUAAAUGACUUUUGUGUGAAUAGCCACAUUAUCUAGAAAAGCUUAAAAUUAGCAUGAAGCGUCUUCACAGAAUGAAGAACAAUUCCCUUACAGUUCUACCCAAAUG